GGCUAGCAUGUUAGAGCACGCCUACCGUAAGCGUAGGGACACGUAUAACAAGCAUGCGUUGCACCAAACUGUCCCGUCCCGUGAACAAGCCGACGAGCCUCCCUCGACGGGGGUGGCGGGUGGCGAAGGGGCAGCCACGUCGCCACGAUCGCCCGAGGCGGAGCGAUCGGCGCCAUUCACGGACGACCGUCCACGUGGUGUGGUUGUUGUGCAUGAUAAGGAGCAUGCGGGACCGAACUCCUCCCCGACGUCCUCGUCUCUCUCGUCGCCGUCUUCGUCUUCGUCUAUGUCUUCGUCUACGUCCUCGACACCCGCGGGGACGCAUUUGUUGCUUGACGUCUCUCGCUCUUCCACGGCUAAUAACCACUAUUCGCACGAUCCUUCGUCUGCUACCCCCUCCACUCUUCGCCCUUCCUCCCCUAUUAACCCCACCACCGACCCUUCUUCCUAUUCUCCUUCUUCUUCUUCUUCUUCUUCUUCUUCUUCUUCUUUUUCUUCUUCUUCUUCCGUUUCGUUUACGGACGAGAGCCAACCACCACCGUCCAAGAACCACCUAGCCAACGAUCUCACCCCCCGUUCCUCCAUUAUCGACGAACAGAUCGCCGAUUCGAGCUACGUUCCACGAACCACUACCGAAAGUGGUACGGGCAUCCCUGGGGCUUACGCUGGAGUUGCGUUCCCGGAAGUGGGUUCGAACGGGUUUCGGGGCGAGGAGGUGGAAUCGAUCACGAUCGCGAAACAGGAGGAUGAUGGCACGGUUAGCGGCGUAGAGGUGGAAGUAGAAUCGAGGGUGGAAGGGGGGGGAGGCACGACAGCGAGCAUCGCCUACGAUCAUCAACGUAACGUGAGUAGCAAGGAUGCGAAGGAUGCUGUAGCGCUAGUAGUAGUUGGCGAGCACGAAGUAGACGCAGCACCGCCUGGACGAGCUUGGACGAAAUCUUUGGAGGAGGUAAAGAAGAAGAGGAAGGAGGAGGAGGAGGAGGAGGAGGGAGGGAGGGAGGGCGUGGAAAGUGGGCCGCGGGAUACCGCGAGGAAUUCCUCGAGUGAUUUUUCGGGAGUCGUGAAGGAAACGCGAGAACUGUCCCGGGAGGAUUCCUCGUCGUCCGAGGAGGACGUCGGUUGGCCGAGUCGCGCGAAAAGUUACGAGAAAUCCGAGGAGCUCCUCCAGCGGGACUAUCCUUCGCCGAUUUACAAUUACAACGGGCAGGACGAGGUCGAGUUCGUGAAGUUGAACCACGGGAACGAGACAACGACAGGCAAGAGCAACGACAACGACAAUGACGACGACGAGGACGAUGUCGUCGACGAGGACGAUGGCGACGACAACGACGACGAUCGGGGCCCGAUAUCGUUCGGGGACGACGAGGUGAAGACGAACGACGUGCCUCCUUCGAUCGGUGAUCUCCGCGUGAUCACCAGGGAGGAGAGCGACGAGGAGUUUUUGCGCGAAUUCGAGAGGAAAUUCCACGAGGAGGCCGAUUCCCCCGCGGCGAGGGGGCGCGAGGGGGGAGAGGGAGCUUCCAUCGAAUCCAAUUCCGCGGAAUCUCGGAAUCCCCCGACCCAGCAAGUGAAAAUAAUCGAGGUGCCGGUCGACCGAUCGCGGCGGCCCUCAACCUCGUCCUCGACCCCAUCCUCGCCUAACCGGGUGCUCGUCAACAUCACGAUCGCUUCCGGGGACUCCGCUUCAGCGGCCUCGAGGCCGCUCUACGUCCUCUCCGUCUCGGUGCCGACGGGCGGCGACGGCGUGGCGGACGGCGAGGAGCGCGACGGAGGGACGAGGGGGAGGGAAGAGGAGCGCGAGGGGGCGAGCGAGCGGGUCCAUCGAGCCGGGCCAGCCCGAAGGCAGGAAGCGUCGAGCCAGAUGGCCGAGAUCGCGAGUCCCGUGGAGGGAAACGACAAUCGAUUGCCCCCACCACCGCAGCCACCUUCGUCGCCACCCCCUCCUAUGUGGGCCGGUGGCGAGUGCGAGUGCUCUUGCCCGUGCAUGGGAUCGUCGUCCGACGAGUGGGACAACGAUUUCUCGCCCGUUGACGAGACUAUGAGCCUCGAAGGGCCUCGGGAAGGGCAGAGCCGUAACACGAGCGAGUCUGUGGACGAGCCGGACGUUGUCCGAACGGUGGCCGCCGACACGAGGCAGGUGGAAACGAGGGAGGAGGGGAACUCGGUGAGCUCAGUGAGUUUGGAGGAGACGGUAAAGGGUGAGACGAGUAGCCAGCACGAUUAUUUCUCGGGCACCGAGGAGAAUAGCAGUACCAUUGACUGGACAACCUCGAAUUACGGGUCAGAGUCGAGCGGCGUAGGCGUGUCGGGGUGUUCUGGGGCAACACCCUUACCCCCAGAACCCACUAUACUGAUCCUGGAAGGUGCGAGAACAUUCCCAGCCAGAUCUUUUCCACCUGACGGCACCACAUUCGCCCAAGUGGGGCUGGGGCAGAAGCUGAGCAAAGAGAUACCACCUUACAGCUACUGGAACAUGCAAUUCUAUCAGUCGGAAGCCGCGUACGUGCGGUUCGACUAUAAUAUUCCUCGUGGAGCGAGCAUCGGUGUCUACGCGAGAAGAAACGCGCUUCCUACUCACACGCAGUACGAUCUCCUUGAAGUAUUGAGUGGUUUCAAGGCCAGGACCGCAAGGGCGUCCCAUGUUAGUGUUAUUGUAUGUGCCACUGCCCCAUUUUUAUUUUUCUUUUUCUCUCUCUGUCUAACAGAUUCCUAGAACAACAACAUUA